UGAGGGGGUGGGGCAGAGGGCAGCUGUCACGUGACGCGGCGUCGGGAAGGCAGGGAGACUGUGUCCAACAUGGCGGCGCUUGGCCUGUCCUCCUUCCCCUGAAGGGAAUCGGUUGUCGUCUCGCCGAUAUAGAGCAAGGGGAGGGGAGCGCCCGGUCCCUGAGGGUUCCGGGGAUGGCUCAGUGCGUGCAGAGCGUCCAGGAGUUCAUCCAGGACACCUUCGUGCCCAUGGUGGCCGUGCUGUGCAGUGAGGCCGCCGAGAGCUCGACGCGGAAAAACAACCUGAGUUUCGCCGAGCUGGUCAGGCCUUUCUGCCGCCUCACCUCUGAAGUUCAUAUGCGAGAUCCUAACAACCAGAGCCAUGUUAUUAAAAACCUGAGGAUCAAUGUUACCGGAAUUGUUACCCAGCCGCCACAACAGACUGCCAUUCGGAAAUUGUUAAGUGAGGUGGUUUCUGCCAGUCAACCUGCAGAAGGAUUGGUUGCUAAUGUGAUUACAGCAGGAGAUUAUGAUCUCAAUAUCAGUGAUCGCUCAGUUAAAGCUAGUGUUCCAUGGUACAGUAAUUGGAAAGACACUUUGACGCAUCUCAGUUCGUCCAAGUUCCAUGCAGCUACCACUCCCUGGUUUGAGGCCUACAGAGAAUGCUUCUUUCAAUCCAUGUCUCCCUCCGAUCACGAGUUUCUACACCACUAUUUGGCAUGCAUGCUUGUAGCCUCAUCGAGGGACUCUGACCCAGUGGACCAGUUUUUGAAAUUAUCACAAGAGCAACAUCGUAUUCAACACAGCAGUGACUACUCCUACCCAAAGUGGUUCAUUCCAAAUACGCUAAAAUAUUAUGUUUUGUUACAUGAUGUUAGUGAAGGGGAGGAGCAAAGAGCUGAAUCUGUUUAUGAAGAAAUGAAACAGAGGUAUGGGUCACAGGGGUGCUAUUUGCUGAAAUUUAAUUCUCGGCUACCAUCAAGUGGAACAGAUGAGCAGAUCCCUGAUCCUUGGAGUCAGUAUUUGAAUCGAAAUAAUUUGCAAAACCAGGAAAUCUGUGAAGAUGGUUUUGUUCCGCUUGUCAACAAGAAUAAAGAAAACAGCACCAAUGCACUAGAGCUGGAUGGAUUGGACAGUUCGAUCAAUGAUGGAAUUCCAAACGACUUUAAAUCCCAUCUAUUUCAAGAAGAUGGUCCUGUGAAGUUGGGGGGACUUGAUGGUCCAAACCGACCAAAGUCUGUUGAGAUGGUGAAUGAUUCAAUCAAACAAAACACCUUGACUGCUCAUGGACUCAGUUUAACACUCACUGAUCAUGAUCGAAUUAGACAGUUCAUUCAGGAGUUCACAUUUCGGGGAUUGCUGCCACACAUAGAAAAGACAAUACGACAACUAAAUGAUCAGCUUGUAUCCAGAAAAGGUCUCAGCCGCUCUUUAUUCACUGCUACAAAGAAAUGGUUCAGUGGGAGUAAGGUGCCAGAGAAAACCUUGAAUGAACUUAAAAAUGCCAGCAGUAUAUUGUAUCCACCAGAAGCUCCAGAGCUGCAGAUAAGAAAAAUGGCCGAUCUGUGUUUCUUGGUCCAACACUAUGACCUGGCUUACAGCUGCUACCAUACAGCAAAGAAGGACUUUCUCAACGAUCAAGCAAUGUUAUAUGCUGCAGGGGCAUUGGAAAUGGCAGCAGCAUCCGUUUUUCUUCAGCCAGGAGCACAGAGGCAGUAUCCCAGCCAUUACAUGGAAACAGCUAUUCAGACGUACAAGGAUCUCUGCAAGAACUUGGUACUUGCUGAAAGGUGUACUUUGCUAAGUGCAGAAAUUUUAAAAAGUCAAGCCAAAUAUUCAGAAGCUGCAACACUCCUUAUCCGGAUGACAAGUGAGGAUUCAGACCUCCGAAGUGCUCUUUUACUGGAACAAGCUGCCCACUGCUUCAUCAACAUGCGAACUCCUAUGGUACGCAAGUUUGCUUUUCAUAUGAUUCUGGCUGGGCAUCGGUUUGCCAAAGCAGAUCAGCGAAAGCAUGCCUUGCGGUGUUACAGUCAAGCCAUGCAAGUUUACAAAGGCAAGGGAUGGAGUCUGGCAGAGGAUCAUAUUAACUUCACAAUUGGGCGCCAGUCCUUUACCCUUCGACAGCUUGACAACGCAGUGUCAGCCUUCAGGCAUAUUCUGAUCAAUGACAGUAAGCAAACAGCUGCUCAGCAGGAAGCUUUCCUUAGGGAGUAUCUGUAUGUUUACAAGAGUGUGAAUCAGUUGUCACCUGAUGGUCCUUUACCCCAGCUUCCUUUACCCUGUAUUAAAAGCUCAGCAACUCGGGUAUUUUUUGGACAUGACAGGCGACCUUCUGAAGGAGAAAAGCAAGCGGCCACCCAUGUCAGUUUAGAUCAGGAAUAUGAGCGUGAAGCCUCUCAGCAAUGGAAAGAGCUUGAGGAGCAAGUAGUAGCUGUGGUGAAUAAAGGAGCAAUACCACUGAAUUUUCAGCCAACUCAGUACUGCCUGAACAACCAGACAGACAACCUGCGAUUUCCUGUGACUGUUGUGGAAGAACCAGUCACAGUUGAAGUUGUCUUCAAAAAUCCGUUGAAGGUACCUCUACUGUUAAAAGAUCUCUCGUUGUUGUGGAAGUUUAAUUUUAGAGAUUUUAAUAAAAGUCCAGAAGAAGAGGCAAGGGAGUCAAUUAGCAACGAAAAAGAUGGUCACCUCAAGACAUCCUCCAGUAUUGCCACAGACGUGAUAAGUGAAUUUCAAAUAAAUGGUGAAGAGACUAAAGUGGCAAGAUUAAAACUGCUUCCUCAUCAGACAGGAGAGUUGCACAUUCUUGGUGUUGUAUAUAAUCUCAGCACUGUACGAUCAUCUCCUACACAAGAUGGAAUGGACUACAGUCCUGGGAUGCAGAUAGCAGGCAGUUACCUCAAUGCCAGCAACCUCCACCCACCAAAGUCUGGAAGCAAACAGCAGACUUCUCACAAUCUCCAUCAGUCCAGCUCUUCAGAUCAACUGGAAUAUUUUCAUGGGCUAAGCUGGACAGAAGGCAAGACGCCUCAUGGAUUAUCGGUAAGAGGACGGCAAGAUUUGGAAAUCCAGGGACCUAGACUCAAUAACACUAAAGAGGAGAAAACAUCUGUUAAGUAUGGAUCAGAUCGACGGCUCGAUCCCAUCAUCACCGAAGCAAUGCCUUUGUUGGAGGUAUUUUUCAUAAACUUUCCUACUGGACUGCUUUGUGGAGAGAUAAGAAAAACGUAUGUCGAAUUUGUGAACGUAAGCAAGUGCCCUCUUACCAGAUUGAAAGUUGUGUGCAAAGAUCCUGAUUUCUUUUCCUUUGGAAGCAAAACUGCUGCGUUGACGCCAUUAAGUCCAACAGCUUCUGAAAACUGUAGCGCCUACAAGACUAUUGUGACUGACUGUGCAUGCAUGUCUUCUGCUGUGACAUCAUCCGUUUCCCCUAAAGACUUUGGGAUGGACACAGGGAAUCCACUUUGGGUAACAGAUGUGCCACUUCCUGACCCUGUGUUGUUGCCUGGGGCUUCUGUGCAGCUCCCUAUGUGGUUGCGUGGACCAGAUGAAGAAGGAGUUCAUGAAAUAAACUUUUUAUUUUAUUAUGAAAGUACAAAACCACACUCAAAGCUGAGUCACCGAGUACUAAGACACACAGCGAUAAUAUGCACCAGCCGUUCUCUAAGUGUGAAAGCGACAGCGUGUAGAAGUAAUGUCCUGGAAGCUGAAGGGAAGAGUGACAGUGAUAAUCUGUUGGUAUUUUUGGAUGUAGCAAAUAUCAAUACAAGUGAAGCAGGUGUGAGAGAAUUCCACAUAAUCCAGGUGUCCAGUGGUAGUGAACAUUGGAAGCUGCAAAAAUGUAUAAAUCCCACUGAAGAUAAAGAUGCAAAACUUGGAAGUCGGGAGAGGGCAAAACUCUGCUUUCGAGCAACAAGGUGUCAGAAUUCAGAAGCUACCUCAUGUACAGAAGGAAAGUAUAUAUUUGCGGAUAUCGUUCUGGGGAGUGAACAAAUAAUCAGUGCAACCACUCCAUGUGCAGACUUUUUCUUUCAAAGUUGCUAUGCUGCAAGAUCUCGGAAGAUGAUACCACCGACAAGUAUGGGGCCAGGGAGACCAAAAACUACUGAUCUUGCCAAAUUAGUGCAGAUGUGUAGUGAGGUGGAUCUCAAUGUAAUAGUAUUAUGGAAGGCAUAUGUUGUUGAGGACAACAAGCAGCUUAUAUUGGAAGGCCAGCUUCAUGUUGCUUUGGAGUCGAUUGGAAAAGAAGCCUGUUCGUUGCCUCAAGUACAGGAAGCACAGGAAAUGGUUCUGUUGAAAUUUGUGCGACCUGAACAGCCACAGCAACCUGCAAGACCGAGUAUGGAACAGCUUUCCCACCUUAUUAAGAUCAGCUUGCAUUACCCUGAAUACUACGACCAUCCCUUUCAUCAAAAGAGUUUAUGUUUAGUACCAGUUACUCUCGUUCUCUUUAACUGCUGUCAGAUUGAAGUGGACAUUAUCAUUGAUCUUCGACACAAGGCCACAAGUCCAGAAAUGUUGGAGGUCCAUGGUUCAUUCACUUGGCUUGGACAGACCCAGUACAAAAUUCAGCUGAAGGGCCAGGAGGUUUACACUGUUCCAUUGAAGGCUUGUUUUGUUCACGCUGGUGUAUAUAAUCUUGGGACGCCCAGAGUCUUCGCCAGGCUUGCCGACCAGAAUGUGCAGUGUGAAACCAGCCAACAGAACUCCACACCGGCCUUGAUAAUUAUCAACAAUAUCUGAGGAACUGGCAGCACCUCAUGUCCCUAUCACCGUCAAUCUCAGAAGGAAUCAUAUGUACUGAUUGCUUUCUUUUGUAGCUAUUGUUGAAAUUUCUUGCAGUUAUACCCUGCACCCACCACAAAUACAGAACUAGUAUCUCAAAACUGUACAGAACAAAUGGGUGGGGUGGGGGGUGGUUGAGGACUAAACCAGACCUAAAAUUAUUUUGUCUUUCACAAUAAAAGGAAUUCUGAACUUGAUGUGCAUAUGUAAGAUGAUUUUUGAAUAUAUUUAUCAUUCAUCUCUGCUUAGACCUUUUUUAAUGCAAAUGUUGAAUAUAGGUGUGCAGGUUGGGCCAUCUGUUAAUGAUGCAGUUUAAAACUGCUGUUACCUUUUCCAGCACAUGGUUUGAAUAUCUGCAGUUGUCUGAAGGAUAUCGGUUGUAACUUUGGCUUUUUCUUUCUUCGGCCUUCAUUUCUUACUAAAUCAAAAGACCAGUGAUCACUAACUGUGUAGUCUGUGGGAAAAGAGCAUUAAUGCAUGAGCUAACUCCUCAUUGGUAAUUGUGCGAAAGCAGAUCGUUUAUGUUCACCCCUUUUAAGGUGUAAAAUUAAACAUUGCUUACACGAAAUAUUCCAAUGCCCUAUUGUUUUACAUACUCAUUUGUUUCCUCAAUAUUAUCUCAGGUUUAGAAGAUGGCGCUGAAUAAUGAAGCAUACCUAUUUUUGGUUUGAUUGAAUUCAAUCCAAUGUUUAUUUCACAGCCACAGGGUUUUGAGUUGGACCCAGCUAGCUACAUUAUGAUGGAACUUUGCAAAUUUAAUAUGUUAUUUAAUGUAUCGACAGAAUUAAAAUGAACACAAAUGUCUUUUCAAGAAAUGAUGUAUUAUAUUUAUAGCUAAUGUCUGUAAAUAGAAUAAAACAUAACCCAUA